AUGCGCGGCGGGCGCAUUGGUGCCUUGGCCCUGGCCACCUCGGCCCUGAUACUUCUCACAGUCUGGACCCGGAAUGCGGAGGAACCUAGGAACCUCCGAAGGCGUCAAGAGCUCAACAAAGUUUUGAGCAACGGCCAGGACCACAGCUUCAACCCGCACGAUGGUCAGCGGAGGAAUCUGAUCAUAGCCGGAGACUCGAACGAUGAGCGCUUCUUCCGCUAUUUCUGCAGGCGCCUGACAGGCAUCUUCGAUUCGAUACUGUACACGGACAAGAUUGUCAAUCCUGUAGGCGAGUACCACGGGAGGAUCACGUGGCCAGGUAUGGCCAGGAUCAUGACCUGCCAUGAUCCCCAGCGGAACAUCAGCGCAGCCAUGAUUUUCCACCAAGGCCUGUACAGUAUUCCUCCGCAGCCGGGGUGGUACUUCGAUUUUGCAAAGCGGAGGAUGCACACCCACUACCCGGGUUCCGAAGGGAGGCAGGGUAUCAUCCCGGUCACUGACCAAGCAAGGUACAUCUGGCCGCAAGUGGUCCUUCAGCUGCUUCCCAAGCGCGAGAACAUCUUGCUUCUCCAGUCUUCCAUGUGGGACUCCUUUGCAGUCCUUGAGGGUAUCACCGGCUCGCGAGUUUCACAGAUGACUGAAGCCCAGCAACAGAUGACGGUCGCGGCCAAAAUCACCGCAGCGAAUUUGACUGAUUGGGGAUGGCUGGAUAGAGCCACACAGACAUGGAGCUCCUGGCAGCAAGGUUUUCAGGAGAGCGGCUUGGCUGUGGUAGCCCGCCUUUGGCGCACCAACCCAAACUGUCCACGGCUAGUCAGCGAAGGUUCCGCGAUUGCCGUCCCUCUGAACGACCUCCACUCUGAAGCUGUCAAGGAGGCUGUCUGGAAAGAGCCCUGGCUGGGUACCUGCAUAGUUGACCUGCAGAAGCACUUCGAUGUUCAAUCCGCGAGCCAGUGUGACAAGCAUCACUUCACCAAAGAAGGCUGGCAAGCGUAUUGGGAAGCUUUGAGUGAGUGCAUCGAGAUGCCACAAACCGUCAAGAAAAGAAGGCCCCAUCGGCGCCCGGUGGGGGGUGCUGACCACAUCGUGCCAGGCUGUGGGCAGGCAACCUGCCUCGAGGAUGCCUCACCGGCACCAGGGAGGCGCCACUUCGGGGUCAGAGACAACAUCGGGGCCGGCUUUACGUUCGACAAGUCCCGCUGCGAAGGCUUCAUCGGCUAUGGCAAGCAGCGCAUCCCAGAGAAGGCACACCUCCUCGGUGCCCUGUCCCGGGCAUCUGACUGCCCUGGCCGCCACGGCCACGCCAG